CUCUGACGACAGAGUUGCGCCGGCGUCCGGGUGUGAGAAGAGCGGGAGGUGGUGGCAGCCUCGGGAAGAUGCUGCUCUUUGGCGUAAAUUGCAAUCGAUUAGGGAUCGUUUCUCAGACUCAAGUUAGAAGUGAGAGUUCAGAUAAGUGAGGCCGACAUUGCUGCUUUGAACACCUCAGAAGGGGAGAAUGGAUUUAUCAGGAGUGAAAAAGAAGAGCUUGCUAGGAGUCAAAGAAAAUAAUAAAAAGUCCAGCACUAGGGCUCCUUCUCCCACCAAACGCAAGGACCGCUCUGACGAGAAGUCCAAGGAUCGCUCUAAGGAUAAAGGGGCCACUAAAGAGUCGAGUGAGAAGGAUCGUGGCAGGGAUAAGACCCGGAAGAGACGCAGUGCUUCAAGUGGGAGCAGCAGUACCAGGUCUCGGUCCAGCUCAACCUCCAGCUCAGGCUCCAGCACCAGCACAGGCUCAAGCAGUGGCUCUAGCUCAUCCUCUGCAUCCAGCCGCUCGGGAAGUUCGAGCACCUCCCGAAGCUCCAGUUCUAGCAGCUCCUCUGGCUCCCCAAGCCCUUCUCGGCGUCGGCAUGACAACAGGCGGCGUUCCCGCUCCAAAUCCAAGCCCCCUAAAAGAGAUGAAAAGGAAAGGAAAAGGCGAAGCCCUUCACCUAAACCCACCAAAGUACAUAUUGGGAGGCUCACCAGGAAUGUGACCAAGGAUCAUAUCAUGGAAAUAUUUUCUACUUAUGGGAAAAUUAAAAUGAUUGACAUGCCUGUAGAAAGGAUGCAUCCUCAUCUAUCCAAAGGUUAUGCAUAUGUGGAAUUUGAGAAUCCAGAUGAAGCGGAGAAGGCAUUGAAACACAUGGAUGGAGGACAAAUUGAUGGCCAGGAGAUCACUGCUACUGCUGUGUUGGCACCAUGGCCUCGGCCACCCCCUCGGCGAUUCAGCCCACCCAGGAGAAUGCUCCCACCACCUCCCAUGUGGCGCAGAUCACCCCCACGGAUGAGGAGGAGAUCUCGCUCCCCAAGACGCAGGUCACCUGUUCGUAGGAGGUCUCGAUCUCCUGGCCGCCGCCGCCACAGGAGCCGCUCCAGCUCCAACUCCUCUCGAUAAGCAGGAGUGCUGAUGCCCACCUCAGUAACUUAAUGUCCCGGCUCAGUUCUGUCCUUUCUCUAGCCAAAUGAGGAUCUGUAGGGAAGGAUCCCUUACCAGGGGAGACUUGGAAAACAACGAUUUCUAUAUUUCCUCUGCAGGAGGAUUCUGGCUGCAGAGAUACUGUUGGUUUGGGACUGUGCCCAUAAAGGUACCCUGUAGUUUUCUGGCUAGAAAGUUCGCCCCUUCCACUUAUUGAGUCCAUUUGGUAGCAGAGCCAACUGGGACAAACAAGCCCUCCGUAUAGCAGCACACCGGUUUCCACGGAUGACUUAGAACCAGUCAGACAACCUGGUCACGCCCUUGCUGCUGCUGUGCCACACAUGCCGACAUCUGCCGAAAGGACCAAGCUGCUGUUGUGUGGGGCCUGACCAUGUUUCCUGCUGAGUACACAUCACUCCUAGGGUCAGCCCUUUUAAGGGUUCCUCCAUAGAGUUUGUCCUUUCCGUCCCCGAAUCUCUGUUCCUCUAUAAAGUUGGCGAGCCAGUUCUACAGGGUCCUCGCGGAACCCACCCACCCAUUAUUACCUGCUAGUCACAGUGAUGCUGCAGGUUAGCUUUGGCAAUGUGAACAUUGCCUCUUCUUGCUUUUAUUGUACAGUCAGUACUAUAAAAUUUGUUUUGAGUUUUAUAACUUUGUAGCAUUUUAGAGAAGGUUGUGUUUGUACUUGUGUAGAGUGAAAGGACUGUGUUGAAUAAAUUUAGAAUUAGAAUGCAAAUUGA